CAUGGAGACCCAGAGGGCCAGCCUCUCCCUGGGCCGCUGGUCACUGUGGCUACUGCUGCUGGGACUAGCGGUGCCUUGGGCCAGCGCCCAGGCCCUGAGCUAUAGGGAGGCGGUGCUUCGAGCUGUGGAUCGCCUCAAUGAGCAGUCCUCAGACCCCAAUCUCUACCGCCUCCUGGAGCUGGACCUGCCGCCCAAGGCUGACGAGGACCCAGACGCCCCAAAGCCUGUGAGCUUCACGGUGAAGGAGACCGUGUGUCCCAGGAGGACACAGCUGCCACCGGAGCAGUGUGACUUCAAGGAGAAAGGGGUGGUGAAACAGUGUUUGGGGACAGUCACUCUGGACCAGGUCAAGGACCAAAUAGACAUCAGUUGUAAUAAGCUCCAGAGUGUAAGGGGAUUUUUUCCACCACCAUUCCCACCUGGACCCUUCCCAUUUCCCCCUUUCCCACCAAUCCCGCCAAUACCACCAUUUCCAUUUCCGCGGCCAUUUGUUAGAAGACGACGGUGAAGGAUUGGCUGAUACUUUGCCCAUCAGAGGACUCUGCUGAAUUGUGAGCCCCCGGAAGU